CAAAAUUCGAAAGAAGUGAAGAAGAUGUCAAAAAUGGUUGUGAAGUAAAAAAAAAGUUUUAAAUAUAGCUAACUAUGGUUGGCAUUUCAGUGCAAGGAGAUUCGUCACUCUUGCCUUCCCAGAGUAAUCCCAAGAGAAGAUUUCGAAGAAAAGCAUUCAUUUGGCAUAACCGAGUUAUUUGUGUUGCAGUAUUUCUAGUAAUUCUGCAAAUAGCUGGCAUAAUUUAUCUGGGAAAACUAUUCCUAGACACUGCGGAUCACACACUUACAAGCUCCCCAUCCCCGAUAUCUCAGUCACAUAUCGGUCGAAGACUACUAUCUACAGAUUUCAGCAACAACACUGGAAAUGACACACAGAGCAGUCAUAAUAACGAGCCAGGGGUACCUGUAUGGGAGCGAUGCGACUUUGAAAAGGCCAACUCACCUUACGCUUGGCUUCCUCUCUAUGUAUUUAUAAUUUUCGUCAUAUUUGUAGGGAUUGCUAUCAUCUGUGAUGAUUUCUUUGUACCGUCCCUGGAGGCAAUAUCGGAGAAACUGGACUUGAGUGAGGAUGUUGCUGGAGCAACAUUCAUGGCUGCUGGGUCCUCUGCUCCUGAGCUAUUCACAUCUGUGGCAGGAGUGGGAACAGAGAGCGAUGUGGGAGUUGGAACUAUUGUGGGGAGUGCUAUGUUCAACAUUCUAGUUAUUGUUGCUCUAAGCUCAAUACUAGCAGGUCAGACCCUGAACUUGGAUUGGAAACCAUUGUUUCGUGACAGUGUGGUGUAUGCCUCCUCGAUAGCUCUGUUCAUUGGCUUCUCCUGGGAUGGUAAAAUAGAAUGGUGGGAAGCUCUCAUUCUCCUACUCGUGUACAUCGGCUACAUUGUUCUCAUGAAGUUUAAUCCACACCUGAUGAAACUGCUUACCAAGUUUGAGUGCUCUUGGUGCAGAAACAAAUCUCAAGUUGAACCAGAGGUAGACAAAGAGUCAGAAUCAGGUAACAGCACUACCAAUUGUACGGACCAGGCUGAAGGAUCAGAGUCUGAGCAUCACAGGGCUCCUAGCAGUAAGGACUCUCAGAGCCAUCAUGACGAUGCUCUUAGGAAGGAAUCUCAUGUCCAUCAUGACGAAUACAAGCACCGGUUUGUGCACUCACACAGAGGAGAACUGGCAGGCUCAUUCGCUAAUAGAAGAAGAUCAACAACAAUUCAUGGAGUGGACGCUCAUCAAAGUCAUAAUUCAAACAUUUCCCAUCAUCCUGAUCGAAGCGAACGCUACAAGUUUGCCCGUUACGGUAUUCCACUUCCUUUUAUUCAGUCAAAUUCUGAGUACGAACACGAACACAGCAAGGGAAAAGAUGAAGAGCACGGAGUUGAGAGCAAGUCGACUGAAUCUAUAGAGGGGGAGACAGAAGAGACCGUUCUAGUGCUGAUCCCAUACCUUCCACCAGUUCGUUGCACACCACCAGAUGUCCAGCAGGCAAGAGACGGAGGCAUACUUGGAUGGAUUAAGUUCAUACUUAAGUGCUUCUUGUUUGUCAUCGCCUUCCCAUUUGCUGUGGCUUACUCCUGGACUAUCCCCGAUUGCACAAAGAACAAAAAAUUGUAUGUGGUAGUAACUUCUUUUACCAUGUCCAUUGCCUGGAUAGCUGUCACAAGCUUUGCUCUGGUUACUAUUGUGGCUCGAACCGGCUGCAUUCUCAACAUUGAUCCAUUCACUAUGGGCCUUGUUGUCAUUGCUGUUGGAACCAGUAUUCCUGAUUGCCUCAGCUCUAUCCUUGUGGCUAGAGAUGGAUUUGGAAACAUGGCUGUGUCUAAUGCGAUUGGAUCAAAUGUGUUUGAUAUCAAUCUUGGAAUCGGUUUACCCUUCCUUAUUGCCAUUGCCAUCAAAGGAGGUGCUCCAUUCUUGUUGGUUUCUCAAGAAAUAAUUGAUGAGUUUGCAGCUGGAGAGUUUGCACUGAUCCCGCAUACUAAGUUUGGGUUCCUCCUCAUGUUCAUACUCAUUUUGGCAGUGUCCACACUGGCCAUAUUUCGAUUCCGUCUCAACAAAUGGACUGGAGUCUGUUUUGUGCUCAUCUAUGUGCUCUUCCUAGUGUAUGCCUUCCUCCAAGAGCUCCUGCCUGGAUGUAAAAAUGGAAAGAAGUGUUGAAAAAGACUGUAUUACUUUUAUUUAUCUAUCAAAAUUGUGUGUGGCUGCUUAUUGAUCAUUAUUUUACAUUAAACCGGUAUUAUAGUCUCAGAAAGUU